AACAUCAAUGGCUGUCGCGAAACAUUAAAACGCGUCAAAAAACCGUGCAAAAAGCUGAAAUUAAAAGCGAAAAACACAAAAACUCUGAAGAAUUAGACUUUUCCAUCUCUCGAGUGUUCAAAGAAAAAGAAAAAGUUGCUUGCGUGUGAUUAAAAAUUUAUAAAAAAAAAUCAAUUUUUCCAAUUUAUCGAGCGCAAAGGACUCGCAAAUAAUAAAUUAUCAAUUUUAAAAAAUAAAUCAUGAGUGUGGAAGAGACAAGCAAAGAAACUGGCGAAAAUGCCACACAAUCAUCGCCGACAUCAGCAACAUCUUCAUCAGCAGCAAAUCCAUCAAACUCAUCGCUUCCCUCAGACAAAACAGGCAAAAAUGUAACAGACUUGGAAACGCGUUGUCGACUACUUGAAGAAGAAGUUGCUGCUUUGAAACAAUCUGAAGCGACUCUUAAGCAGCAAAAUGUUGAUGCUCAGCGACGAGAAAGGCUCCUUAUGCGACGAUUGGCUACAAAGGAACAAGAAAUGCAGGAUUAUAUGUUACAAAUUUCGGAAUACAAAGCAUUACAAGCCCCCGGAACAACAGCAUUACGUAAUGCAUUACUCGAUCCCGCCGUGAACGUUCUCUUCCAAAAGCUAAAACAGGAGCUCCAAGCAACAAAGGCAAAAUUAGAAGAAACCCAAAACGAAUUAUCGGCAUGGAAAUUUACGCCAGAUUCGAAUACCGGAAAACGUCUCAUGGCAAAAUGUCGUCUUUUGUACCAAGAAAAUGAAGAAUUGGGCAAAAUGACGUCGAACGGGAGAUUAGCAAAGCUCGAAGCUGACUUGGCGUGUCACAAAAGUCUCUGUGACGAGGUCAAAAAAUCACAAUCAGAGAUGGAUGACUUUUUGCAAGAAAUAGACGAAGAUGUCGAAGGCAUGCAAAGUACAAUUUUAUUUUUACAGCAAGAACUGAAGGCAGUACGUGCCGACAACGAUCGUCUCAAGGCCACGUACGAGCCUGAACACGAAAAUGACACCGGCAACGCGACAACAACUCCCUUGAAUGGCGGCAACGGCGAAACAACCGCACUCGCGAACAAUGAUAAUGAAUUAACGAAACCGGGAAGUGAACAAAUAGUGACAAAAAUUAAUUUAUCACGGACACAAAAUGGUAAUAUUAAUAGUAGUAGUGUUAAUAACGGCAGUAGUGUAGUUGAAAAUAGCAAUUUGCCGGAAGAAAUUGACGAAUCUGCCGUCGUCGUCGCGGAAAAAACUAACGGCGAUUCACUCGAGUCGCCGCCUCCCGAACCGCCCACAGACUCCCUCAAACGUGGCUACGACAAAACGAGUGAAAAUGAACUUGUCAAUCCGAAACGGACACGAAGAACUGCCGCCAUUGAAACAAACAAAAAAUUGUGUUCAAUUGACGACAAGAAAGUUAAUAACGGAAUUGUCAAUGUUUCCUCUUAAACGGGGAAAAAAGUGUUUGGAACUUUUAACAAGAGAAGAGAGUAUUUGUAAAAAAAAAUGAUUUUUAUUAAAAACAAGAAAAAAAAAAUAGAAAUGUGUAUUUAAUCAAACAGAAAACUUGUAGAACAUUAAAAAAAAAAAUAAACAUGGAGUUAAAAUAAUAAUUAAAAAUUAAUACAAUCUUGUUGUUAUUGAUUGAAAUUAAACAUUGAACAAAAAAGGAGAUAUGAACAAAGGACGACGCGAGUUAUGAUGAAUAAACGUUUUUUCUGUUAUUUUCUGACAAAACGUUGCAAAUAGGUGUCAUUUUAAGACUUUUAAUGAUAAAAUAUGAUUAUUAUACAUAAAGAACAAUUAAACAAA